AGUAGCAGCAGUGGAGCUCUCUGUCGUGGAUCAGUGGAGAUGGGCUGAGGCAGAGCACACAGACCCGACACCACCGACACCAACGGACCUUGACUUCAGCAGCCACAGAAGGGAAGACUCGGGAAUUCUUCCCAGUCCCGUUUGCCCCCGCUCCUCUCCCGCUCUUCUCCACUCCCGGCCCCAGCAGGCCAGGGAAUGUCCCGGCGGCGAGAUGCCUUACGUGGACCGACAGAACCGCAUCUGCGGCUUCCUGGACAUCGAGGAGAAUGAGAGCAGUGGCAAGUUCCUGCGCCGUUACUUCAUAUUGGACACACAGCAGGGAAGCCUGGUGUGGUUCAUGGACAACCCACAGAACCUGCCUGUUGGAGCAGACUGCGUGGGUUCCCUCAAGCUCACCUACAUCUCUAAGGUCAGCGAUGCCACCAAGCUGAGGCCUAAGGCAGAAUUCUGCUUUGUCAUCAAUGCAGGGAUGAGGAAGUUCUUCCUGCAGGCCAAUGAUCAGCAGGACCUCGUGGACUGGGUCAACGCUCUCAAUAAAGCCACUAAAAUCACUGUGCCAAAGGCGUCUGAUGGCCAGCAGAAUUCAGAGAACCAGAAGGUUUUGCCAGAUGUUGCGGCAACCAAGAAACAAGUCUCCUAUAAGACAGAGAUCAUAGGAGGAGUCCCCAUCGUCACCCAGACACAGCGUGAAGGUGCUGACGGUGCAGACAGAGCAGAGCGUGAGGCCAUGCAUCGGUCUCACAGCCAGCUGCCGUACUUCCUGGGCAGGCCGGCUCAGGAGCACACCGUCAUUAAGUCGGGCUACUGCGUCAAGCAAGGAGCUGUGAUGAGGAACUGGAAACGGCGAUAUUUCCUCCUGGAAGAAAAUUCAAUGAGUUACUUCAAGUCUGAUUUGGAGAAGGAGCCUCUGAGAAUGAUUCCCCUGAAGGAAGUUCACAAAGUCCAGGAGUGCAAACAGAGUGACAUUAUGAUGAGAGAUAAUCUGUUUGAAGUCGUCACCACAUCAAGGACGUUUUACAUACAGGCGGACAGUCCAGAGGAGAUGCACAGCUGGAUCAAGGCUGUCUCUGGGGCUAUUGUGGCCCAGCGGGGGCCUGGGAGGUCUGCUGCCACAGAACACGGCAGCCGUUCCACUUUCUACCGCAGCCCCUCGGGCCCCCCCGUCCCUCGCUCGCCCAUAUCUGCCAUGCCACCAUGCUACCCAGAGUGGGGGGCUGCUGUCACGUGCGGCACACGCUCGCAGCCUGGCGUGGGACAGCGAGCACUUCAUGAGCCUGCUGCCACGGCCCAGUCACAGCCACACGCCAGCACGCCUGUCCCUGCAGGAGACGCGUCUGGCAAAGUGACCUGCGAACCACCUGUGACCACCAUCACCAACUCGGAGGAGUCACCGUGGCGACGGCGGAGCAGCUUUGAGCCCUACAUGCCUGAACCACCCCUGGACCUGGAUGACGCUGACCUGCCAUGCCUGCUCCAUUUCAGCCCAACAAAGCCAAGCUACUUCACCUGUGUUCAGUCUGGUGUAAUUGGUUUGAAUUGUUUCUAUUUAUUAUGUGGAUGACUUGAAAGAAAUAAACACUGAAAACGUGCUCAGGUUUCCUGGAGUAUCAUUCAGUAACGUGCUAAUCGUUCACCAAAGAGCACAGUCAGUCUGUUGAGAUAAAAAGAGGAAAGAAAUUCACCAUUGUCUGCACUCAUGUCUUCAUGUGGUCCUUUAGUGUAACUGCUUGUUCACUCGUCACGGCUCCUUCUGCCCUCUUGUGGUGAGAGAAAUACCUGCACCUGUUUCACUGAACUUCCUAUGAAUGAUAACACAGUGCCGUAUAAGUUCUGUAUUUGUCAGUGACAGGAUGAUUUUAGUUUUAAGAGUGGAAAUAGAUACAAGUUGUACAAAAUAUCUGUAAGAAUGAAGUCAUGAAAUGAAAAAAUCAGCAGACAAUACAAGACAGUAACAAAACUUAACCAAACCUUUAAAACAGCAGGCCAUGUUUUUCUCUUUUUGUCCACACUUGUCCACUCAACAGAUUUAAAUGUGAUGUGCAAAUGUGCAAGUUUUUUUUAUUUUAUUUUGAAUAUUAUUACUGCAAUUAACAGCAGGGCACAAUAUGUAUUAUGAUUUGGCAAAUGUAUACAAAACCACAUAAAGAAUCAAACAGGUCAGUGCAAUGAGCUGUGUUUUAGUGCGAUGCUUUGAGAGACUAAAUAUGUAAAAACUAAAGCAAAACAUUAUUGUUUGUAUUGAAAUUUGUUAAAUGAUGAUGUUGAAUUAGAGCUGAGCCCCAGUUAAGAGCUGGCCUUGCUCCUUCUGUUUACAAAAUCAUUUACUGCCAGUAUCAAGAAGAAUAAUCUGUUUUUCUCAGUAUGUACACUGAUAUACCACACUGAAUAAAAGUACUUAAUUGGUAUUAAGGAAAUGUACUUAAAAUAUCAAACGUACAAAAUAAAAUUAAAAAAGCUCCUGUGAA